CGCGGAGCUCGCACGGGGAGGGGAGGAGCGCGGAGCCCGCGCGCCGCCUGGCCCCGGCGGAAAGUUUUCCCUGACGGAGUUUUGGCGGUGGCAGCAGCAGCGGCGGCCAGAGCGGCCAUGGACGCGCUCAAGUCCGCCGGGCGGGCGCUGAUCCGAAGCCCCAGCCUGGCCAAGCAGAGCUGGGGGGGCAGUGGCCGGCACCGGAAGCUGCCGGAGAACUGGACCGACACUCGGGAGACACUGCUCGAGGGCAUGCUCUUCAGCCUCAAGUACCUGGGCAUGACGCUGGUGGAGCAGCCCAAGGGCGAGGAGCUGUCAGCUGCCGCCGUCAAGAGGAUCGUGGCCACGGCGAAGGCCAGCGGGAAGAAGCUGCAGAAGGUGACUCUCAAGGUGUCGCCACGGGGGAUCAUCCUGACCGACAGCAUCACCAACCAGCUCAUUGAGAACGUGUCCAUUUACAGAAUCUCCUACUGCACGGCAGACAAGAUGCACGAUAAAGUGUUUGCCUACAUCGCACAGAGCCAGCACAACGAGAAUCUCGAGUGCCACGCCUUCCUCUGCACCAAGCGGAAGAUGGCCCAGGCUGUCACCCUCACAGUAGCCCAGGCCUUCAAAGUCGCCUUCGAAUUUUGGCAGGUUUCCAAGGAAGAGAAGGAGAAGAGGGAGAAAGCCAGCCAAGAGGGAGGGGACGCCCUGGGCGGGGGCCGCCGAGACAGCGCCCCUUCGUCGAAGAGCCUGGUCGCCACUGGGAACCUGCUAGACUUGGAAGAGACGGCCAAGGCCCCACUGUCCACAGUCAGCGCUAACACCACUAACAUGGACGAGGCGCCACGGCCUCAAGCCUUAAACAGCAGCAGUGUUGUCUGGGAGCUGGAUGACGGCCUGGAUGAAGCAUUUUCAAGGCUUGCCCAGUCUCGGACGAACCCUCAUGUCCUGGACACUGGACUGACAGCACAGGACCUUCAGUACGCCCAGUGCCUCUCGCCUGUCGACUGGGACAAGCCUGACAGCAGUGGUGCUGAGCCGGAUGACCUCUUCAACUUCUGAGGGCCUGGGGCUGGCAGGACACAUGACGGACCAAAGCGACCCACGCCGGGGAUGGGGGCCAGCUCCAGGACCCCCAGCCACCCCCUUCCAGUCGGCAGCACUAUCAGCCUGCAGAUCAAAGCUGCAGCCAGUCACGCAGAGGGAAGGAGAGUUUUUUUGUUUUUUUUUUUUUAAAAACCCUGUUCGUUCUCUCUAAGAACUGAAAGAUGCCUUGAAUAUUUAUUCAGUGACUCCUGGUUCAACCCAGAAACCAGUUUUGCAUCGGGCACAAGCGCAGUGUUACAACCAGCUUCCUGCCCUCUCUUGAGGGAGUUCUGCUCCACUGUGGCUGUCAGGAUGGUGACCAAAGCAUUUCUUGUCCCUUCUCUCUAAGGGCCUGGAUUUCCCUGGAGGCCCCUGAGUUCCUCAAUGUGAUUGGAGCCUUCUUUCUGCCAUCCUUUAAGCACAGGGGGGCACCAUGGCCUUGGGAGAGGCGGCCCAGCGCGCCCCAGCUCGAGCCCCUGGCCCUGGGGACUCCCAGAGACAGAGGAGCAGCCCCUGACCAAAGACAGCACGCAGCUGGCACUUUAAAGCACACGCAGCAGGUGUGGCCUCCGGCGCCUUGACGGUGCUGCGUUGCCCAGAGCUUUCUUUCUGCCCUCCUUCCAUGGAAGGCGCCCAAAGUCCCCGUGGAGUGCCCCCAGCCGUGCUCAGAACCAGUGUAACUGGCUGCCCACGGACUCCCAGAGUCUGCCUGCAAUAAUGGGGUCCCCAUCCUGCCCUCCCGAGCUUCUGUUUGGUCUGAGUGCCACCUCCCCAUACUUCCUGAGAUGAUGCGUGAAGCCUAACACCUAGAUUUGUUUGAGGAUGUGCUGUUGCCCGUUUGUAGAUGAGGAAACUGAGACCACAAGCGAAGAAGGGGUAGAGUUGAGUGUGGAAUCCAGAUCUGGUGCCAAAGCUGCCUUCUCGCCUACACCUCGCAGCUCACACCUCCUUUUCUCUAGCUGUGUCGUCCUCCCAGGAACCAAAAAGCCCCAGCUAUUUUCUGACCAAAAUGUGUUUCAUAACAAACCAUCUGGUGCCUUUACACACAGAACUGGCAUGAGCCUCCGUGCCCUGCUAGCUGUCUCACUGUUGAUUUCUGUGAAAAUGGAAGUGUUUGAAGUCUGCUAAUUCAGAGGGUGAGACAAAACCAAACUUCGUAAGCAUCACGCUCUUCCUUCCUGACUCUUCGACACCAGGUCGGGGACAUGCCCGCAGCAGCCCGCCUGCAGAGUCUCCCUUCCUUCCCCCUUCCCACGCCCCGGGGCUCUCGGAAAAGCUGCCAGCACCUUCUCCAUCCUCAGGUACCUCCCAGGCCUGGCUUUACCGAGCUUGAGUCCCGGUGACAGUUGGGGCAGGUUUCACCAGGCCAGGAAACACCCCAUUUCUUAGAAUCUACGCAUCAGACUAAGCGGCUGAAUCAAAGCACAGAGACAGAAGUGCCUGGGUGAGGGGUGGGUGGGACUGUCUUUAUCAGAGUGUGGGGACAACUUCCUUUCCUGGCCCAGCUCCGGUACCCCCUCUGCCCACCCCGGACGACCUUGGCGUCAGCCCUUGUAUUUGUCACAAGGCCGCCCUUGGCACGAAGGUCCAGGAGCCCUGAGAAAGGCCGUGCUGUGUUUGUGUGAGUCACGCUGUGGCCUUCAUCUGACUCUGGCCACCAGCGGUCGGUGUGCUCCCCUUGUGUCUGCAGAUAAGUUUUGUCGUGCUUUACUUUAUGUUGCUGUAAAGGAAGUCCUAGUGAGGAAAAAAUCAGCAAUAAAUGUUCUCUUUUUGAAAUACAAA